AUGGAGUUGAUUGAUAGCAACACACUCAGAUUCAAUAAUCCAAGUGGAAGAUUUGUCAUUGGAGGUCCAAUGGGCGAUGCUGGACUCACUGGAAGAAAGAUUAUUAUCGACACUUAUGGAGGAUGGGGAGCUCGUGGUGGAGGAGCUUUCUCUGGAAAAGAUUCAUCGAAAGUAGACAGAAGUGGGGCUUAUUGUGCUAGAUGGAUUGCAAAGAGUCUUGUGAAUGCUGGGUUGUGCAAGAGAGCCACUUGUCCAGUUGAGUUAUGCCAUUGGUAUUUCACAUCCAUUGAGUGUCUAUGUUGA